AUGAUGCACCACGUCUCGGGGCCCGCUGACGGGCCACUCCUGCCCAGCGCGUCCUAUCGGGGUAGUCUCCCAUCCGCUCCGCCUGAUCGCGCCUCGGCGCGUCUCGGCGUCGCUGCGCAGCUGCUCAAGGGCCUGGUGGCGACGCGGAAGGCCCCGCUGCGCCUGGUGGUGACGUCGGCGACGCUGGACGGCGAGAAGUUCUGCAAGUACUUCGGCGCGUGCCCGAUGAUCACCGUGCCCGGCCGCGUCCACCCCGUCGAGGUCCUGCACUCCACCGAGAAGCCGAAAGAUUACGCCGACGCCGCCGUUGAGACAGCCAUGGACAUCCACUGCGACUGCGGGGAGGGGGACAUUUUGGUGUUCCUGACAGGGCAGCACGAGAUCGAGAAGGCGUGCCGGAAGCUGCGCGCGCUCGUGGAGGCGACGCCCGAGGGCGCCGCGGGCCCGGUCGUGCCGCUCCCGCUGUACGCCGCGCUCCCGCCGGACGCGCAGGCGCGCGUGUUUGCGCCGGCGCCGCCGGGCGUGCGGCGGUGCAUCUUCGCGACGAACAUCGCGGAGACGUCGGUCACCGUGGACGGCGUCGUGUACGUCGUGGACGCCGGCAUGUCGAAGCAGAAGCGGUACGACGCCGCCACGGGCAUGGACGCGCUCGACGUGGAGCUCAUCUCGCGCGUGCAGGCCACGCAGCGCGCGGGGCGCGCGGGCCGCACGCGCCCGGGCAAGUGCUUCCGGCUCUACCCCGAGAAGACCUUCGAGCGCGAAAUGCCCGCGGCCACGUCCCCGGAAAUCCAGCGCAUGUCGCUCGUCGGCGCGGCGUUGUACCUCAAGUCACUCCCCCUGGACAUCGACCUGCUGGCGUUCGACUUCCUGGACCGCCCGACGGACGCGCAGUGGCACGACGCGCUGCGGCAGCUGUACGCGCUCGAGGCGAUCGACGCGCGCGGCCGCAUCACGCCCGUGGGGAAGCAGAUGGCCGCGCUGCCAGUGGGGCCGUCGCUGGCGCGCGCGCUGAUCGCCGCGCUGGACCUGGGCUGCCUGGACGAGAUGGUCGCGGUCGCGGCGAUGCUCUCCGCGGACAACGUGUUCCUCGGGUCGCGCGGGCCAGACGUGCGGGCGCGCCCCGCGGGGGACUCCCGGGGGGGGUUCGCGACCGACGGCGGGCGCGAGGUCCUCCAGGGCCUCAUCGCGGAGAAGCAGGGCGACCACGUGCUGCUGCUGCGGCUCUGGGAGGCCUGGGCGAGCCACGGGUUCGCGCAGGCGUACGUCAAGGACUUGGGGCUGGAUCCGAGGGGGAUGAAGGCCGCGAGGGACGUGCACCGGCAGCUGAGGACGAUCGUAGGGCACGACGGGACGCGGCUCCGUGAGAUGCUCGCGCAGGGCCGGCGCCACGAGGCGCCGCCCGGGCGGGACGGCACGCGGCGCACGGGGGGGGGGGCCUCGCGCGAGACCAGCCCGAGCCAGUGGUCGGACCACACGCGGUUCACGCGCGACACGCGGGACACGCGCGACUCGGACGGCGGCGGCAUGCGCAGAGACGCCAGCGUGCACUCGCAGCUCCACAAGCAACAACAACAACAGCAACAACAGCCCGUUGGGACCCAGGAGAGGGGGACGUUCUCAGGCAACGUGCGCGCGGUGCGGCGGGCGGUGUGUCUGGGGUUCGCGAACAAGCUGGCGAAGCGCGCGCCGCUGCACAACGGGUACCGCACGGUCGGGGACCGCGGCCAGCUCGCGCAGCUCCACCCGGGGUGCUGCACGGUCGAGGAGGACGAGCGCGGGCUGCUCCCGUCGUGGGUGGUGUACCACGAGCACGUCGCGGGGCAGCGGUGCCACCUGACGACCGUGAGCCCCGUCGAGGACGACUGGGUCGCCGACAUCCUCCCGCGGCUCCGCGACGUCGACGUGCGGAUGCUCUCCGGCGGCGAGACCACGCAGAAGGCGCAGGAGGAGGCCGCGGCGCAGGAGAGGGCGGCAGAGGCGCAGCGCGCGGAGCAGGCCAAGCGCAGGAACACGGGCGAGACGGUGGACGCGGCGAGGGCGCGGUACCUGGCGCGCAAGCAGGCGCGGGGCAAGUAG